AUGGCGUCCCGCUUGGCUCGAAGCGCUGUCGGCGCGAACCUCCUCAGGCCGACCCUGGCCCGCCGCACUCUGCCCGCCAUCUCGGCCUCGAUCGCCGGUGCCCGCAACGCCUCCAACGUUCCCGCCGAGGACCCCAAGAAGAAGGCCCAGUCCAUCGUCGACGCCCUCCCCGGCAACUCGCUCCUCUCCAAGACCGCCAUCCUCUCCUCGUCCGCCGCCCUCAGCGUCUACGCCAUCAGCAACGAGUACUAUGUCGUCAACGAGGAGACCGUCGUCGCCUUCUGCCUGCUCGCCGUCUGGGGCGGUCUGAUCAAGUACGGAGGCCCGAUGUACAGCGAGUGGGCUCAGGGCCAGGCCGACAAGAUCAAGGGCAUCCUCAACUCCGCCCGUGCCGACCACACCCAGGCCGUCAAGGGACGCAUCGAGGACGUCCAGCAGAUGUCCGGUGUCGUUGACAUUACCAAGUCCCUUUUCGCCGUUUCCAAGGAGACUGCUCAGCUUGAGGCUCAGGCCUACGAGCACCAGCAGAAGACCGCCCUGGCCGCCGAGGCCAAGGCCGUCCUCGACUCCUGGGUCCGCUACGAGGGCCAGGUCAAGGCUCGCCAGCAGAAGGAGCUCGCCGAGACCAUCAUCGCCAAGGUCACCAAGGAGCUCGAGAACCCCAAGGUCCUCCAGCAGAUCCUCCAGCAGAGCAUUGCUGAUGUCGAGAAGAUCGUCUCCUCCAAGGCCCAAUAG